AUUAUACCCCUACUGCUUGACCUAAACUGCUGUGUGCAUCCAUCGUCUUAUUGUCAGGCAUUUAACGGAAACGGCAGUGUAGUGCGCCACUUUCGAUCAAAGCUAUACAUAUAAAGUUAUUGGGUUGGGCAGUGACUUUUACCUGUCAUGCAUACCCUCUUACUCAUGCUGCCCUGGUGAAUUCCCAAGAAGCGGCUUCAAUGACUUUUUGAUACCUAUUUGUUGAGCCUACCUCCGAAGUUACGAAUGUCUCACUGUAAGGAAAACGCUUCCAAGCAAGAGGACUUUGUCUGCGCCGCGGCGGUGGGCUCACUCGGCCUUUUCGGCAACUCAGUCCUUCAGCUAAUAGCCUGCAAGCUUUUGGCGGAUCGAGCGGGGCUACAGCUUGUCCUUCCGCGGCCUUGGGCAGACAAGUACGGCGCUUACUUCCCAGCUGUCGCCGAGCUGGAGCGCAUAGAUGCUGAGGAGGCCUACGCUCUUCCACUCGUAGCCGAUCGCGUCGUACUCUCUCACCCGGGUUGGCGCACAUGGGCCUUACGUCAUGACACGGGCCGCCAGCUAGCCGCACGGCUACUGCAUGGCGACUCCAGCAGUCGUGCUGCCGCUGCUGCAUCGGCAGCAGUGGCUGUCCCGACAACUGCUGCGGGCGUUGAUGCAGCCGCUGCAACGUCUGCUGCUGAUGCUGCUGCCGCUGCCAAAGCGGGACGCAGGUCCCCCGGAAAGGGUGGCCUAGGUGAUGCGGCGGGAGAGUCGGUCGAAGGCGCAGAAGGGGGAGCAGGAGCAGGAGAAGGAGGGGGGCCUCCUGCAGGCGUCCAGGAGCUAGCGAUUCCGGGGGGAUCGAGCUGCGAGGCGAAGCUCUCCGGCAGACAGCUGCGAGCGCAUUUCCCUCAGGUCAGCGGUGCCGACCUGGACGCCCACCCCGCCCAGCUGGCAGCCCGCCUGCGCGGGUCGGGGCUGUGGGGCUGGUUCCAGUUCCCCACCGCCCGCCUGCGCCCCCACCGCGCAGCUGUACGGCAGCUGCUGGCGCUGCGGGGUGAAGUGCGGGCGGAGCUGGAGGGGGC